GUCUGACAAAGAUCCAAAGAAAACCCUUUAAUCUUACGGUGUAGCCUCCUCUCAAACAGAGACGCGUCUUCGCCUAACACCACUGCUCAAUAGCCAAGUCUCGCUUCCAUCGAUUCUUCGUUUGUUAUUCGGCCGUGUGACGUCGAAGUCUCUUGCUAUACGAGCUGUGCAACGAAGGAUGGAGGUUGUUUUGGCGUCGUCGUCUCUAGACGGCGGAAUAGGGUGCUGGGAUCUUCACACCGGCGCGGAGCAGCUCCGCUAUAAAUCUUGCUCCUCCCCUUCUCACGGCCUUGUCGCCGUCGGUCCUCGCUUCAUCGCCUCCUCUCAGCUUCGAGAACCUUCAGCAACAUCUGGUUCCGUUCUCUUCUGGUCCUGGUCCAAGCCUCAAGUUGAAGUGAAGAGCUUUCCCGCUGAACCUAUUAAGCCCCUUGCUUCUAAUCACCUGGGAACCUUCAUUGCUGGUGGAGCUUUGUCUGGGGAUAUUUACUUGUGGGAAGUUGAAACCGGUAGAUUGCUUAAGAAGUGGCAUGCACAUUUAGGGGCGGUUACUUGUCUGGUUUUUUCUGAAGAUGACUCGCUGUUGGUUUCUGGUUCUCGAGAUGGAACCGUAAGAGUUUGGUCUCUCUUCAUGAUAUUCGAUGAAUUCAGAGGUCAGCUGGCUAAUAAUCUUUAUGAGUAUAGUUUUUCCGGGCACACCCUGUGUGUGACUGAUGUUGUGAUUGGUAAUGGAGGGUGCAAUGCAAUUAUUGUGUCAGCUUCUGAGGAUAAAACUUGCAAGGUAUGGAGCUUAUCGAGGGGAACACUACUAAGAAAUAUAGUAUUCCCUUCACAUAUUGAUUCCAUUGCAUUGGAUCCAGCUGAACAUGUCUUUUAUGCUGGCAGUAGAGAUGGAAAAAUAUUUAUUGCGGCACUUAGCACUGAAAGCGUUGCUAGUAAUAAUUGUGGGAUGCAUAUCAUUGGUUCUUUUUCUAACCAGAGCAAGACAGUUACUUGCUUAGCAUAUAGCAUGAGUGGGAAUUUGUUAAUAUCCGGGUCAGAGGAUGGAAUGGUUCGUGUUUGGGAUGCAAGAACUCGAACCAAUGUCCGCGUGUUCAAACAUGCUAAAGGGCCUGUAAAUAAUAUUCUUGUUGUUAGACGAGAAAACUCAAGUAAUCACAUAUCUUCUAAUGUACAAACAUCAUCAAGAAAGCAAGGGGCUAAUUUACCCCCUCCAUUGGAAAAAUAUGCAAAUUCCAUACAUGAAGACUCAGAUAUGAACACUACGAUCACUCUUGGGGGUGACAGGAGUUCCGUAGAUCUUUCAUACCUCAGUUCUCAUGUGAUAUCUAAUUACGUUAAGGAACUUCAGCAUCAAGGAUCAGCUGCUGCUUCUGAAAUGGAAACGGAGAAACUAAAACAUGAUUACCAAAGGGCAAUGCAAAUGGCUAACCAAUGGAAGAAAAUGUAUGAAAACUUAAAUAAAUUUUGUGUGAAAGAACUGUUGGAUGGUAGUCAAGCCAGAACCUUAGAUGAAAAUCACAAUUAAGACAUUUCUCUCUGGUAGUUAACUUUUCAAUUUUGUAGGUAGAAUUUGUAGAUCUUUAGCAUCAUUAAAUUUGCUAUGUUGGUUUUGGUCCCUUAACCGGUUUCUUCUUUAUGUUAAAAGAAUUGAUUAUGCGAAGCAAUUGACAAUCUUGGUAAAACGUUUUGGCAUA